GAAAUUAAAAAAAAGCUUUUCAUCUUCACGCAAAAGGAAUAAUAAUCUCCCAAAACGGUUUUCUUCAAUAGAUCAAAGCUUUUCAAUCGAAAACCCUAGAUCUUAUUCCGAUUUAGAUCUCUCUCUAUUUCAGAUCUGAAGAGUGAAUUGAGAUAUGUCGAAGCCCUGGGGUGGGAUUGGAAUCGGGGCGUGGGCGGACGAAGCGGAGAAGGCAGAUGAAGAGCAGGCGGCGGCGGAUGUGCAGAGUUUCCCUAGCUUGAAAGAGGCAGCGAGCAAUGUUAAGUCUAAGAAGAAGAAGAAGAUGACUCUAUCCGAGUUCGAGGCUUAUUCAGCAGCGCCUGCAGGCAGAAACUCUGUUGGAUUGACGCAGCAAGAGAUUCUCCAGCUGCCUACUGGUCCUAGGCAGCGCUCGGAGGACGAGAUGCAGCCUGGGAGGUUGGGCGGUGGGUUCUCUUCUUACGGAGGUCGUUCUGGUGGGAUGGGGAGAGAUCGGAAUGAUUCCGAAGGUUCCUGGGGUGGUAGUGGUGGUGGGAGGAGAGCGUAUGGUGGUGGUGGGUUUGAUGAUGAUAGGAGAGGAGGUUCUCCUAGGGUUUCGGAGUUUCCUCAGUCUUCGAGAGCUGAUGAGGUUGAUGAUUGGGGGAAAGCUAAAAAGUCGAUUCCUUUUGAUCAAGGACGGCAAGGAGGUGGUCGUUAUGGUGGCCUCGGAGGCGGUGGUGGUGGUAGUUUUAACGGCGGUGGUGGCAGUUUUGGCGGUGGAGGUGGUGGUGGAUUCUCCAAAGCUGACGAAACUGAUAACUGGGCGGCAGGGAAAAGACAAGCUCCGGUUCGGUCAUCUACAUUUGGGUCCGGUUACGGUGAUUCAGGCCGUGAGCCUGACCGUUGGUCUAGAGGAGUAGCCGUAGGUGGUGUUCAGGAGGAACGUCGUCGUUUGGUUUUAGAGCCACGGAAAGUUGACUCAGGAGGAGCGAGUGAGACUCCACCAGCUGCUGGUGCUAAGACGAGUAAGCCGAGCCCGUUUGGGGCAGCUAGGCCAAGGGAGGAGGUUUUAGCUGAGAAAGGUUUGGACUGGAAGAAACUUGACUCGGAGAUUGAGGCUAAGAAAGGAGGAGGUUCUCAGACGAGCAGGCCAACAAGCGCACAUUCUAGCAGACCUUCUAGUCCUCAGUCUAACAGGUCUGAGAGUUCGGGUUUGAAUAAUGUGGUGAAACCUAGACCCAAGGUGAAUCCUUUUGGAGAUGCCAAGCCUCGAGAAGUGUUGCUGGAGGAACAAGGGAAGGAUUGGCGCAAGAUGGAUAUGGAACUUGAGCAUCGCAGAGUUGACAGGCCUGAAACAGAAGAAGAGAAGAUGUUGAAGGAAGAGAUUGAAGAACUAAGGAAAAAACUCGAGAAGGAAUCCAUUGCUCCUGAGAUCAAGCAAGAACCUGGCACUAAUAAUAAUCACAACCAUGAUUUACCAGAAACUCUACGUGGCAAAGAGAAAGAUCUGGAAAUACUAACCCGUGAGUUGGACGACAGAGUCAGGUUCAGGCAGAAACCAGUUGAGAGGCCCGGGUCUGGUGCAGGCAGAACCGGUUCUUACUCAGAAAGAACACAUUCUCGGUCUGGAUCAAUCGAUGAGUCCAGGAGUUUUGAGUCCACAGAGAGACCUAGAUCUCGUGGAGCAGUUGAUGCCUGGGUUAGACCUGUGGAUGAUCAGCGAAGAAACUUCCAAGGAAGCAAAGAGCGUGGAUUCUUCAGCAACAGGCCGUCGUCUAGGGAAGGAUGGUAAGAAGGAAACGAAGACCAGCCCAAUGUUAGAUGUCCUUACAGGUGAUCCCUGUCAGGCGUUAAUUUGUAGUAAUAAAAAUUUAUCAUCUCCUUGAAAAAAAACACUCUAAUCUUUGGUCCUUUUUUGUUGGUUCAUCUUCGGAAUCAGAGCCUUGUUGUUUGUUUUUGGUAUUCUUGUAAGCGAAGGCGUGUGCCGGAAGAGAAUGUCUCUUUCUGUUUUACUUUCUAAAGAAACGUUUGUUUGCCAGUAA